AAGAAAAAACAUGUCUGCUCCCAGUGUGGGCGUGGCUUCACCACCAGUGGUCACCUCGCCCGCCACACCCGUGUCCACACCGGCGAGCGCAACCACAAGUGCCCCUUCCCCGGCUGCGAGACACGUUGCUCGCGCCAGGACAACCUCCAGCAG